UCUCUGCGUAAACGGAGAGUGGAGAAGCAGAGAGCGCACGGAGAGGAAAGGAGAGCUUAGUGGCAAGGCAGCAGUGCCGCUGACACGAGUGAAGGGACCCCGCGGUUAUUUCCACCACCUCUCUCUCUUCUCACAGCUUAACCUGCGCCUUCUGAGACGGACUUAGACAUCGGGACUAGAGGCUACACACCUUUUGUUUUGGACUCGUUUUAUCACUAGACCCUGUGUUGGCGAGGAGGUCUGAUUUCCCCCACACACACCGUGGACCGAGGAGUUUUGCGUGUUUAUGUGUUUUAUGCAUUGCCUGUAAUGGGGAAAAGUGGACAGAGAAGUGGAAUAGGACACGGGGGUUGCAGCUUGGUGAGGAUGUGCGCCACGCCGGGGACCCUGCUUCUCCUGGUGCUCAUUCACUCAGGAGUCGCCCAAGUGAGAGAUGAUGAUGAUUUCCUGAGUCUGAGCGAGCUCCCAGAAACCUUCCCCUCUGACCCACCGGAGCCCUUACCUCACUUCCUGUUUGAACCAGAGGAAGGCUACAUUGUCAAGAAUAAACCUGUUAAUCUCUACUGCAAGGCCACACCCGCCACGCAAAUUUACUUCAAGUGCAACAGCGAGUGGGUCCAUCAGAAGGAUCACACCGUGGAGGAGAGGGUGGAUGAAAACUCAGGUCUGGUGGUGAGAGAAGCCAGCAUAGAAAUAACACGGCAGCAAGUCGAAGAGCUGUUCGGUCCUGAAGAUUACUGGUGUCAGUGUGUGGCCUGGAGCUCCGCUGGAACCACCAAAAGCCGCAAGGCACAUGUGCGCAUCGCAUAUCUGAAGAAGUCAUUUGAACAGGAACCCCUUGGGAAGGAAGUAUCUCUGGAGCAGGAGGUGCUGUUACAGUGUCGUCCUCCGGAGGGCAUACCAGCUGCUGAGGUGGAGUGGUUGAAGAACGAAGAGAUAAUUGACCCAGCAGAGGACAGAAACUUCUACAUCACCAUUGAUCACAACUUAAUCAUCAAACAAGCGCGUCUGUCUGACACAGCCAACUACACAUGUGUGGCUAAGAACAUCGUGGCCAAGAGACGCAGCACUACAGCUACUGUUAUUGUUUAUGUGAAUGGUGGUUGGUCGACAUGGACAGAGUGGUCGGUGUGUAACAGUCGUUGUGGGCGGGGCUUCCAGAAACGAACACGGAGCUGCACUAACCCCGCCCCUCUUAAUGGAGGACUCCCCUGUGAUGGACAAGCCAUACAGAAACUGCCAUGUACCACUUUGUGCACCGUGGAUGGUGUGUGGACAGAGUGGAGUAAAUGGUCAGCCUGUGGGACAGAGUGUACCCAGUGGAGGAGGAGGGAGUGCAACAACCCAGCCCCAAAAAAUGGAGGAAAGGACUGUGAGGGGCUCGUACUCCAGUCUCAGAACUGUACCGAUGGACUCUGUAUGCAAAGUUCAUUGUUUCAGAAGUCCACUGAGUCCAAAGAAAAGAGUGAUGUGGGAUUCACAUCUGCUCCAAGCACAGAUGACGUGGCUCUGUAUGUGGGCAUUGUCAUCGCAGUUAUUAUGUGCCUGGUCAUCUCUGUCAUCGUGGCGCUCUUUGUCUACCGUAAGACACACCGUGAUUUUGACUCAGACAUCAUCGACACGUCAGCACUGAAUGGAGGAUUCCAGUCUGUUAAUAUCAAAACAGCCAGAUCAGCUGAUCUACUGACAGCUCCUCCUGAUUUGACAAAUGCAGCUGCCAUGUAUCGUGGUCCAGUGUAUGCCCUCCAUGAUGUGUCAGAUAAAAUCCCAAUGACCAACUCUCCACUCUUAGACCCUCUCCCCAACUUGAAGAUAAAAGUCUACAACUCCUCGGGUCUGGUCACACCACAGGAUGAUCUCGGAGGAGACUUUACAUCGAAACUGUCACCCAAGAUAACCCAGUCUCUGUUGGAUAACAGCGACACCAUGAACCUUCGCAACCAGAGCUUGGCCCGAACGCGUGACCCCUCGUGUACCGCUCAUGGAUCCUUCAACAACCAAGGAGGACAUCUCAUUGUACCCAACUCUGGUGUGAGUUUGCUGGUUCCAGCGGGUGCUGUUCCUCAGGGUAGGGUAUAUGAGAUGUAUGUGACUGUGCACAGGAAGGACAGCUUGAGACCCCCGCUAGAGGACAUUCAGACUGUGCUGAGCCCAGUGGUGAGUUGUGGACCUCCAGGAGCCCUGUUGACCAGACCAGUGAUCCUCACCAUCCACCACUGUGCUGACAACGUCCAGGAAGACUGGCUCAUACAGCUGAAGAACCAACUGGCCAUGGGAGAGUGGGAGGAUGUGGUGGUAGUGGGAGAGGAGAACUUCACCACCCCCUGUUACGUGCAGAUGGAUUCAGAGGCAUGUCACAUCCUAACAGAGACACUGGGGACUUACUGCCUGGUGGGCCAAUCAGUCAGCACGGCAGCCGCCAAGAGGCUUAAACUGGCUGUUUUUGGACCCGUGUCCUGCACAACUUUGGACUAUCACAUCAGGGUCUAUUGUCUGGAUGACACACAGGAUGCACUCAAGGAGGUACUUCAGAUGGAGACCCAGAUGGGAGGGAAGCUACUGGAUGAGCCAAAGACUCUGAACUUUAAAGACAGCACACACAAUCUGAGACUGUCAAUCCAUGAUGUGCCACACACACACUGGAAGAGCAAACUCAUCGCAAAGUAUCAGGAGAUCCCAUUCUACCAGGUGUGGAGCGGUAGUCAGAGAACUCUUCACUGUACCUUUACCCUGGAGAGACUGAGCUCAGCCACUACAGAGAUCAGCUGCAAACUGUGUGUACGGCAGGUGGAAGGAGAAGGACAGAUCUUUCAGCUCAGCAACACACUGGAGGAGGAGGUCCAGUGCAUAGACACAUCCCUGAUGGACCCUGCCAGUAAUAUCACGACCUUAGUGGGGCCCAAUGCCUUUCGCAUUCCUUUAUCCAUCAGACAGAAGCUGUGCGGCAGUUUGGAUGCACCACAGACCAGAGGCAACGACUGGAGGAUGCUGGCCCACAAACUCAACCUUGACAGAUACCUGAACUACUUUGCCACCAAGUCCAGUCCGACAGGGGUGAUCCUGGAUCUCUGGGAGGCCCAGCACUUCCCUGAUGGAGACCUAAAUGAACUGGCCGCUGUGCUGGAAGAGAUGGGUCGUCAUGACAGUAACUUCUCCUCCAUGACAACGGAACACUGACGAAGCAACAUGGUUACCGUGACAAUGAAUUCCGAAGACGAUUACACAUGAAUUCUCUAUGGUUGACACAUGCAGCAAGGGCAAUGAACAAAUCUGAUGUGAGCAAAAGAAAAGUUGUCACCAUGGUGAUUGAGCAUUGGUUAAAAACCAUAGUAAUCAUGCCAACAUGGUAACAGACAGAUCAAGAGGACGGCAAUUGGAAAGACAGUGCUGAAACUGUGUGUGUAUCUUUGUGUGUGCGUGUAUUUCCGCGAUGUUGCAGUGUCGUUUGUGACUGAAGGAGAGAUAACCUUACCUACCACACAAACAGAGUCUAUCAGGAAUAAAAAAAAAACAAAACAUACACACGCCUAAAAAAAAAAGACCUUGUCUAGUGUAACACCAGUUGUUCUCUCGCUGUUACUUUAUACUGAACAAAGGGAAGCAGAGACAAGAAAAAGGGAGCAACAGAGGCACUGACCUUGAAAACCUCUAUAGGAAUGGAACAGAGUCAUAAAGAGAGAGAACCUAAACAGAUUACAGAAGAGUGGGAGAAGGUAGAUUGAGGAAAAAAUGAGUGUGAGUGAGAGACAAGACUCUUCAGGAAGACGAGAGUAAACACAGACAGUAGCUAAACUGAUUAUGAAAGGGAGGGAUGAGAUAAAACAAUGGAGGAACCGGCAGGUGAUCAUCUGUAAGAGCAAGAUGGAAAAGAGAUAAUGAGAGAUGGGAGAUAAGGAAAUGAUCCCACUCUUCUCUUGUGAGCCUUGGCUGUACAUGUUUGCCAGUACAGUUUGUUGUCUUUAUAUCGUUUCCUAGGGAACGCUCUAUGUAUUCUGCUGUCCAUAUGUGUGGAUCAUUUCCUGCUAACAGAAUUUGCUACACAGUGACUGUCAAUCAAAGAUCCUGACCAGAAACAAGCCCAAAAGUUUCCCACUUUGGCUAGAUUUAGAUUUCCUUCGAUUAAAAUUUUAGGAUAUCUAGAGGUACUAAGUCAAAGGCAAUUGGACUUGCUGUCUACACACCAUGACUUUUGCUUCUACUUUCCCUAAAAAUGCCAGUCCAAAGAUGAUAACACUCUUGAUGGAAACAGGUAAAAGCUGAUUUUAUAUUUUGCUGUAAGAUUAUAUUUUGACUGUUUUCAGCAGUGUACGGCAGUGACAGACUUGUGAAAGUGUCUGUUUUGAGGUAUGUUUAAAAUUGCACUCAUGACAAACAGAUAAACAAGGAAAAUAUGCAGACUGUCAGCUAUUCAUUCUCAUGCACAGUAUAUUUUAUAAUAAGUUGGUUUUGCAAUUGAAAAAAAGCAAACAGCAAGAAAGAUUCUGCACUUAUUGGGAGUUUCACCACAAGCCAGUGUAAAGCAAGACGAUCUUAAAGCUAUAAAUGCAUCUCUUUACUGAAGUCGUGUUAACAUAUUCUCUGCAGUACUGCUGCUGCUCUGUUCCUCCCUAAAGAGGCAUUGUUUGGACAAAGCUGCAGUACAGAUGUAGACUUCUGUAGAUGCAGUGUGGGGAAUUCCAGCCAUGGCUACCACAUUUCGGUUAACCACAAAAACUCAAAUCCAGGAUUCUCUCUGAUAGAUUGCUGGGGCUUGUUUCUAGACAGGGUUCAACUCAGAGAAAAAAGGCAAAAAGGGAUAAACUAGUAAUGAAACCACAAGACUUUUUAAAUACAGUAAUAUACAAAGUACCAUAGUGUAACGUGAUAGUGAAUUAAAUACAGCUGAUGUCAUUCAUUACCGCUAAAUGUACCCAAUAUAUACUGAUUUUUAUCAUAUUUUAAGUUUCUAGAAUAUAUAUAUAUAGACUACAUAUAUAUAUUUCUGUCAUAUUUUUGGUGUCCCAUCAUCCCAGGAUGUCAGUUUACUGCCAUCAGGCCACAUGUGAUUUCAUAUGUGAUCACCACUAUGACUUUGCGGGUCACUAGCACCAUCCUGUGGCCUUUGAAGAAUAACAGCAUUUACAUUUUUGAUCGUCUGAAAUGUGUAAAUACAUGAUUAUCAUGUUUGUCCUAAUGACCUUGUAUUAUCAUAAUAUUUUUGUUCAGUGAUCAUUAUUGUGUUAUUUACAUUAACUUUUUUUUUUUUUUUUUUUUGCCAUUGUACUGUUUUUAUAGGUGUGAACUGUAGGGGGAGGGGAUCUGUAACAUAUCAGUUAGUUGCCCUUUAUCUGAAACUAUGUUCUCUCCGCAACUAACAUUCCAACUCAUGGUGUAUUUGUUGACAAAGUUGCAAUUUAGAGCUGAAAAUCAAGAUACCAAGUAACGGGGCCCAUGUAAAAUGAAGUGUAAUAUAUUUGUUUCUUGCAGAAAAACAUUGCCAAUCAAGGCUAUCUGUUCAAGGCAUACAAUUCAGAUGUAUGUACUGACUGGGGUCAACAGUGUCUGAUGAAAAGGCAUAAUUCAAAAAAAAAGCUUUUGGGGAAAGAAAAGCCUUAUUUUUGUUGUCUUUUGAAUAGUUGUCAGAUGUCUUUGAGGAUGUUAACUCUAUUCACAAUGCAAAGGACAACAUGAAAAUUCAGUUCAAAGGAAAUAUAUGUACAAUAUUCCAAAACUGGAGUUGAGAUAUUUCUGCUCUGACCUAUGGAGAGAUGCCAUAUGAAACUGAACAUCAGGUAUGUAAGAGGAGAUACUGAGGAGGAUAUUAUAAAGUAGGUAAAGGCUGAGUUAACACUGGUACAAAAGGUCAGAUCUUUACCUGGUCAUGACAGAUUCCAUCUUGUGGCUGUCUAUACAGGAGGAAACCUUGAGGCAUUGAUGUUCCCACUGAUUUUUCUUUCUUUGUUCAGUCGAUCAGAUGUGUGGGAGUUAAAAAUCAGACCUCUUGUAUCGGUGUAAAACCAGACGUGGUAGACAUGGAGGCCUCAAAUAUGUACAUUUUCAUAUAGGACAGCCUUAUUGACUAAAUUACAUAAGGUGUAUUGUUAAAUGACAGAGUGGAUGUUUUGUAUGUUUUUUAGAUGCAACGUCUGGUGUCAGAAGUGGGGAAAUCGAAGGAAAGAGUUGUGUUAAAUUUAUGAGGAUAAAAGCCUAAAACAUCGAGUCAUUAAUUCAGUUUGUUUCAGAACAAAACAUGAACCCAAAAGUCACGACAAUGUCUCUUUCAUACAAUGUGAUCAUCAACAUCCCUGACUUAUUCAAAGGCAUACAAGAUCAAACAUUGAACUGAUGAAACGUGUGCAAGGAAACAAUCUCUUGAGAAAUGUCAGUUACCAGGUACAGUGUAACUUCACUCAAAAUGUGAUCCUUGCCACAAGUCCACAGUUCACCAGCAGGAUAGACUGUUUGUUAAAGGAGUAGACUGAAAAAGGGAGUUUUCAUAUUAGGAGGGCACAUGUAAGCCUCCAGAAGGUGAUCCUCCACGAUGUGAAAAUGAAGAAAGUAAUGUCAAGAUAUCAAAGUAUGUAAAAAUAUUUUCUAUCCACAGUAUGUACAGUUGUGUACUGUCCGCUAUAUUUGGCAAAUUUCAGAAUAUAAAAAAAGAGCAGUACAGUUAGAUACUAGUUUGUAUGUUUCAAGUUUUUAUUUAAGUUUCUUUCCUUUUUUGUAAAAGCAGUGUCUACUAUGCAAACUUGGCAUUGGUUAUCAUGAUAGAAGUCUAUAACUAUAGCUGUGCUUGUAAGUGCAUUUUUAUGUUACUAUCAGGGGUGAUUUUAUUUGAUUAGGGCGGGGUAGUGUUGCUCCAUUUUAGCUAAUUCUGGCACGCUUCAUGAAUCUUGCUCAAUCUUGCUGAAUGCUCGCCUCUCUAUCUCCUCUAAUUGUUUUCUGUACAAAGUGUAAGAAAGAAUUUUUAAGACAAUUAAAUUAUAUUUAUAAGCAA